AAGCGAUUUUAAGGCCCAGUCGAACGUGGAAUCGACUUGACCCACAGAGGCGCACCAAAGGAAAGAGAAAGAGAUACGGCUGUAGAGCGAGAGGGAGCGACAUACGAUGCGUGUGGCUCGGUGGCUCAGUGGUGGCUUAGUGCUCGCCCUGGCCGUAAUGUUAACGCAGGCACGUUUCAUUGCGAAAAGAGAAACCACCGGCUUGGAGCAGGCGGUGGCUUCCGAAUCCACAUCCACUGACCCUGACAUUGUUCCGGCGACCAGGGAAAGUGGGAGCGCCAGGGAACCGGUUGAAUUAAAGGGAGAAUCCGAUAUGGCUAACUUGCAAAACGAACUGAAAGAUGCAGGGGUAAUAAAGGCUGAGAAACAAAAUCAAACUGAAACCUUAAAGGAAAGUCUAAAAGAGAAUCUCAACGUUAAGGAAACCACUGAAGCUUUAGUUCUAAAUGAAUUCAGCAGCACUACCGAGAAUAUUAUAGUAGAGGAUCAACUGAAAUCGAAGGAGGGAGAAGCUCAGUUAAAAGAGGAAACCCAAGCGGUUCUCGUAAAAGAAAUGAGAAAUAAGGACACCCCUGCAGUUACCACUAAAAACCCAAUUAAUCUCGUUGAUAAGACAACUACUGAAGCUCCUGUAAGAGAAGUAACUACUUUGAAACAGAUUAUAAGCACAACCACUGAAUAUAUUCUACCAAAUGAGAAACCGGAACAAAAGGAAGUGAAAUUAAAGGAUAUUUUUCCCUUAAAAGAAGAACCACAAGUUCAAGCUGAAGUAAUGGAGAAGACCACUGAAUCGGUAACAGUAGAAAACAGCUCUAUAAUACCUGUAACUCUAGAAGUUUCAAGCACCACGGAGAGAUUGUUUAAUACCACCACCACCACUCGUUCCUCCGAUCUUGGCCGAUCCAUGCAGUACUCAUCAAUCGCUGCCGAGUCGGUUACGCCCAUGAAACUGAGGGCCAUACCCAUGACAACCACACCUGCUAGCACCACUUCAACAUCUACUCAAAGGACCCCCACUUCCCAAUCCUUCGCCUCCAAUGAGAACGCCAUCGAGGAGUCCACCUCGCAGUCGGAUGUUCGCCAACUGCCCGAGAAGCGAGCCAAGUUUAUCAGCGAGAACUCCACGAAUGACCAGCUACUAACGCUCCCCAAUAACGUUGAAGCUUGGAGUCUGGCGGGUAUGAAGGCGGUACCCCAAGCCCCUCUGACAACCACAACCAUUUUGCCACUUUUCAACCAAACGGAUCUUGCAAACGACAUAGACCUGCCGCUGAAUAAAACGGAGCAGCACAAGGAGAAGAAUCUGCUGGAUUGGAUGAACAUUGCCAUGAUGCCAUCAACACCAGAGAAUCGCACUGAAUUCGUGGUCAGAACCACUCUGGAUGUCACCGAGGGUGCCACACAAGCCACCACCGAAGCUCUGGCGCAGGAAAGUCAACCAAAAAGUGAAGUUACCUUGGGUUUGAAAGAAAAUGAAGUCACAACAAAGGCUGCAGAUCAGAAUAUAACAACCACAACUGUUCGUACGGAACUUUUGGAGGUUCCUAUGGUUAAGAAGAUGGCCGAAACAGCGAAUGCCAAGUUAACAGAGGCGAUAACAGAGGCUCAAACGGAGAGGGAAGCAGCAACAGAGGCUGCAACAACAGAGCAACCUGCAACAUCUGCUGUUACAGCGAGGGUGGAUCCAACAAAAACGGAACUGUUGAAUGUAACAGCACUUGAAGAAUCUCUCUCAGGUGAAACAUCCAAGCUAAAUUCAACUGAAACGUUAUCAACCACCACAACCGAAGCUACCUUAUCUGUAGAGUAUGUAUCGCCUGAAAUAGUCUUACAAGAAGCAACAUCCGAAGCCACAACAGCAGCAGUACCAAAUGCAACCACAGAGGCAGCAGCAACAUCAUCAACAACCUCACCAACAGAGGCAGCUACUACCACUACUACUACAACCACUACAGAGGCAUCAGCAACAUCUGCAGGUACGACAGCAACACCAGCAGCAGUUGCAACAUUAUCGGCAGCAACAUCGACUGUUGUAACCACCCCCAGUACACAGAGUACAACUGAAAUGGCAAUGAAAGCGUCGGAAAUCAGCAGCAGCAACAACAACGAAGACGAUAACAGUAACGACGUCAUCGUUGCCACAACCAAAAAAACAGAGAGCGAGCCGCCAGCAACAGCAACCGUUGAGCCAACAGCAACAUCGGUUAGUGUGCGAGUGGCUGGCGAGGUGAGCACUUCGAUUCGGCCCGAAAUCAUCGUUACAAACAGUACCGCCGCGAGUACAACAAGUACAACAAGUACAACAUCGACUGUAGCUACACCCACGCAAACGGAAAUUGCGCAAAUUAGCAAUGAAGUGAAUUUGGAGGCAGUGACAGUGAAGACGCGCGACGACAGUUUGAGUGCAAAUCCAAUUCCAAAUGCGAAUGGGCUAAGAACAGCUGAGAAAACCGAUAACGCGGUCAAUAACAGUGUGGCCAUAACAGAGAGCAGUGAGCUGAAAACCACCCCAACACCAUCGGGGGGCAUUAGUUCCCUUAGUGACCUGAGUAAGCUGAGCAAAGAACACGAAUCCUCGCUGGAAACCAACAACAUAGGCGAGGCAAACGCACCCGAAACGACAACAUCAGCGGCAGCAGGUGUUGCUGUUGCAACGGUUGAGAGCACAGCGGCGGCAACAGGUGGCCAGGAAUUCGAAAAGGAGUCGCAACAUGAGGGGCAGCAACAGGUGGUUGAAGAGCAGGACACCGAGCAGCAGUUAGCCAAGACAACGAUGGCGGUGACAACGACAACACCCAGUUCAACAACAACCAGUACCACAAGCACUACAACGGAGAGGCCUUUAACCACCACAACAAUGCAACCAGUGGUGAUAAGUCUGCUGGACGACAGCACCACAACGAGCAGCACCACAACGACAACCACCACAGUUGCACCAACCACAGAGGAAUAUGUUGAAUCCUCCACUUUGGUGGGCAGCACCACCACAACCACAAAGGCGCCUCAAAUGGCACCACCCACCUUCAUGGCUCCCUAUCCCAACGAACUGGACCACAUGCAGACCAAUGCCCAGGGCAAUGGGACGGAUGUGAAUGUGAUCAUAGCCAUCACAGUCAGCGUGAUCGGUGUGGUGGCCCUCAUCCUGCUGGUGGCCUUCCUCUACCUGAUGCGCAAGCGCCAGAAGCAAAUGUCCUAUGGCCAGAGGUGUCGUCCGGUGAGCCUGGAUGCCUACUCCCUGGACAAUGUCUCGGUGUUAGGCAGUGUGCGACGCAAGGGUCGCGAUGUAAGGGCCUCCAAGAGGACCUACGGCAAUGCGGCCUUUGAUGAUCCCUCGCUGCGGCACAAUCUGCUGACCGCCGGCGAGCUGGCCCGCUUCGUGGAGCGGCGAUCCGACGUUUUCGAGGAGUUCCGCGACGUGCCGCAGAUCAUCGCCAGAGCGGACGAGGUGCCCCCGGGCUGUGAGGACAAAAACCGCUACGCCAACGUGAUUCCGCUUCCUGAGACGCGGGUGGUGCUCCAGCGGCAAGGCGACGAUGACAAAACGGAAUACAUUAAUGCCAAUUAUGUGCGGGGCCCUCGGGAUGCACCCAAUUACUACAUAGCCUGCCAGGCGCCGCUGGAGAGCACGACCAGCGAUUUCUGGCGAAUGAUCUGGGAGCAGCAGUCCCGCGUCAUCAUCCAGGCGACGGAUCUCAGCGAGAACGGCAUCGAGAAGUGCGCCGAAUACCUGCCGCCCUCGGCGACGCUGGACAAUCACAGCAGCUACGGCGACUACCAGGUGACCCUCAAGCACCGCGAGGUGAAGGACCGAUAUGCCAUUUCCACCCUGGUCCUCAAGCGAGUGGAUGGCGAGGAGAGUCGCGAGCUUACCCACUACUGGUACAAAUGGCCCGAGGCGGGUGUUCCCGCCGAGGAGGCGCCCAUCAUCGCCAUGCUGCUGGAGGCGCGAUCCUCGCUCAAGUCAUACUGCCUGGAGCAGGCCAACGAGCUGCGCGAGAAGUCGGCCACCCUGGAGACUUCGAUGGAUGCGGAUGGCUCGAAGGCCGAGGCGGGCAGCACGUCCAGCCAAGAGAUCAAUGGAAACAUUUCCAGCAGGAGUGGCAUGCGAAACCAGCAGGGACCGCUAACCGUUCACUGUUCUCCAGGCACGGGUCGAACCGGCACCAUCAUCGCCUCGGACAUGGCCAUCCGCAGUCUGGAGACGCCCAAGCGAUCCGUGGACAUACCCCAGCUGGUCUACUACGUGAGGAGAGGUCGCGCCAGCGCCGUUCAGACCAAGGAGCAGUAUGAAUUUAUCUACAAGGUGGCCAGCAUGUAUGCGGCCAAGAUCACAAAUCUGUCCAACGACAACUGAAAGCCCCCAUCGAGUGGAAACCGAAUUUUCGAUUGAGUUCACCUUUCCAGCACUGAUCCGUGGGACCCUCAGUAACAAUAAUAGCUAUGUUUUAUACGAAAUAUUAGUGUAAAUUAGUAUUAUAUGCUUGAGUGUUGGCACCUGUUUGAGCGUCGUUAUAUGUCGGGCUUUAAAUAUCAUUUAAAAUGUAUGUAUUCCUUUAUUAUUGUGAUAUAAUCGUACAUUCGUAUAUCUCCUGAUUAUCUGUUGCAUAUUUAUAAUGUCAAUUUUUGUUUUCUGCACUCUCGCGUUUGAGUUCCGGGGCCAUAUAAUCCGGAACAAAAUGCGAAAUAAUUGGAGCUCUCCGUAUUGUAUUUUAAGAAAGUCAAAUGUGCAAUCAAACAAUGUAUGUAUCUAUUUUAAACGAGCUUUAAUGUACGUAAGUUAUUUGUAAGUAUACACCGAGCUGUACUGUACUCAUAAUAUUGUGAAUUACAAGAAAAAAUAUGUUCAGCA